CGGCGUGCAUUUCUGCAGGUUAAAUUUUUAUAUUUUAGUGUUCGAGGAGUUAUAAUAUAUAUGAAAGUUUGUUCGAAGCAUUUUGAAGAGUCUGAUUUUCAUACACAAAGUAAGGAGCUGAGACACGCAGAUUUGUGUUUGAGACCGAGAAAAACUAACUUGAGACGCCGAAAUUUGAAAAGAAAUGCAGUCCCAACAAAAAACCUUCCUACAGGUACUCAUGAGAACAUAAAGAAGAAAGAAAGACGGAAUUUAACUAGAUAUGAUCCUGUACAACAACCAAUUUUGAAAUCUGACUGUGGAGUAAUGACACAAAAUCAAGAUGAAAAUGAACUUCAUGCUCAGGAAAUGAUUCACAGGCCUGAUGAAUUGUUGGCUGCUGAAGCUCUAUGUGCUUUUAUCAAUAAGGACAAUUUGUGACAAUAUUACUACAAAUCAAAAGCUUAACAGCUUGACAGGGUUGAAUUCUUUCGAAAUGCUGAAAACUAUUGAAAUUUUAGUAUUAAGAAUAAAAAGAGAAAAUUUUGUUUCAUCCCUCAAUAUUAGGGAAAAAAUACAUUUACAAAAC